GCUAGGUUGCUGACUCGGAGCUCUGCUGCGGUGAGCUUUGAGCUAGCGACUCUCUGAGCUCUCUGGUUGUGCAUGUGUCUGUAGGCUGCCGUGGUGCAGACCGUAGCCUCGCCUCCCUCCAAACACUUUCAGUCAGCCGGCGGCUCCGGUGUGUUUCAGUUGCAGCCAGGCUCUACAGUCCUGAAGUGUCUCUGUCUGUAGCUGAGGAUUUCCUGCCCCUGGAAGGAUUCUCUCUCUCUCUUUCUGGCCAAGGCAGAGAGGGAAAGAGAGACAGAUAGUAAAGAGGAGAGGAAAGGAAGACAGGAGGAGGAAGAGCGACAGCGGGCCAGGAGUGACCUUCGUGGUGUGGUGGCAAAAGCAGAGGAGGAGGAAACGGGAACAAGCGUAGGAUCCAUCAGGCUUGGCCACACUUCAUACAUCACACAAGUCCAUACAAAGUGAAUGCAUUCCUUUGGUGAAACUGCUAGAGCUAUGAUCCUUUGCUUUGAGUCUAUCACAUCUCAUCGCUGGAUGACGCUGGACAAGAAAACUUAAGUGGCAUUUCGUUUAACAGCUGGAACAGGUGCAUUUUCCUUCUUUGAGGAGCAGCGAUAUGGACACCAGGUGUGGUGACGCCCAGCUCUCUGUGGGUGUGUGUGGGAUGUUGUGUCAGGGCUGAAGCCCAUCCCUCUCCCAUGAGCCUGUGUGCCCACACACACACCUGGCGCCUCCACGCACACACCCGGCGCCCACGCACGCACAGCCGGCACUGACGCUGUGAACUGGACCCUUGGAGCCCAACGGAUCCCAGCUGAGCCAAGCGGAGCGGACUCUAGCCCAGUUGGAGCCUGAGGAUGUCAACAGAGACAGAGCUACAGCCAGCGGUCAGGCCCAGCAGCGUCAGACGGGACUCCAAGAGGAAAGGGCAGGAUCGCAGCGAGGCAGCUCUCAUCAGGCGUUUUAAGGGCGAUGGCAUCCGCUACAAGGCCAAACUCAUCGGCCUGGACGAGGUCACUGCCGCCCGUGGAGACAAACUCUGCCAGGACUCGAUGAUGAAGCUCAAGGGCAUAGCUGCAGGAGCGCGGUCUAAAGGCGAACACAAACAGAAGGUGUUUCUGACCGUUUCCUUUGGAGGGAUCAAGAUCUUUGAUGAGAAGUCAGGGAUCCUCCAACACCACCAUGCGGUCCACGAGAUCUCCUACAUUGCCAAGGACAUCACGGACCACCGAGCCUUCGGCUACGUCUGCGGCAAGGAAGGGAACCACCGCUUUGUGGCCAUCAAAACCGCACAGUCGGCCGAGCCUGUGAUUCUGGACCUGCGGGACUUGUUCCAGCUCAUCUACGAAAUAAAGCAGAGGGAGGAGAUGGAGAAGAAGGCCCAGAAAGACAAGCAGUGUGAGCAGGCGGUUUACCAGACAAUACUGGAGGAGGAUCUGGAGGACCCGGUCUACCAGUACAUUGUGUUUGAGGCGGGACACGAGCCCAUCCGCGACCAAUCAGAAGAGAGCAUUUAUCAGGUUCCCACCAGUCAGCAGAAGGAAGGGGUCUAUGACGUCCCAAAGCGACACCCAAAUAUCAACCAGUUAGAGAUUUUCGGAGACAUGUCUACGCCUCCUGACAUCACCUCUCCAUCAACCCCCGCCUCUCCAGGCAACACCCUCGACCCCUCGCAGGGCCUGCAGCCUCCCACGGAACUGUUUGCUCCCUUCAAUCCCGCGUCUGUGCCCUCAGGUUAUGUGACAAUGGGAGCAGUACCUCCUGGGCACUGGUCUCAGCAGGCGUUCGCUGCCCAGACACCGCUGGCCUUCGGGGUCCAGUCUCCUCUUGGCCCGGUAGCUCAGGUGCUGCCGGGCGGCCAGCCUCUCAUCUGGGGCCAGGCUAACAUCUUCCCUGCCACCCAGCAGCAGUGGGCAGCCAUGGCAGCUGGAGCCUUCCCCCCCACAGCCUACCUCCCUGCCCAGCCCGUGGGCACCUUGCCGGCCGCCAUGUUCCAGACUCUCACCCCCGUCACGACUGUGACUCCAGCCGGCGAGAGCCAUUCGGGCGCCGGAGCCAGCGCCUCGGCUCCCUCCCCUUCUGCAUCGUCGAGUCCGCAGCACGGGGAGAGAGCGAAGAAGAUGGGGAAGGAGAUGUUCAAGGAUUUUCAGCUGGCGAAGCCUCCGGCCAUGCCAUCGAAGAAGCCUGAGCAGCCGAGCUUAGCAGGAACCUCAGAGGCAUUCAGCAGUUACUUCAGCCGUGUGGGCACCGCCCAGGACACGGACGACUGUGACGACUUUGACAUUUCACAAAUGAACCUGACACCCGUCACCUCCACGACACCGUCCACCAACUCACCGCCCACCCCAGCUCCCAGGAAGAGCUCUCCCUCCAAGUCCUCAGCCUCUCAUGUCAGCGACCCCCCCACCGACGCCACAGACCCCCCUACGGACGACUCGUUUGGGGAAGCCGAGGGCAGCCCGAGUCGCAGUGGAGAGGAAGAUGCUGCAUGUGGCUCUGGGUCGCCCUGCCCCAGCGAGACAGCAGAGCCCAGCCCAGACCAGGCCAGUCCAGAGGCUGGGAGCUAGAUAGCAGCAGGGCAGGAAGGGGAAGGACCCUCUCUACGCCCAGAUCAACAAAGGGAAGAAAUAAAGAGUCUCACAGGAAGACAGACCUGACCAGCACUGAGAGAACAGGAGGAGAACCCUUAACCUCUGUGUGCGUGAGUGCGUGUAUGUGUGGCACAUCCCCGCCUGGCCAAGCCCCCAUUCUCCUUCUUCUUUUUCUUCUUCUGCUAACAACUUCCCAGGAGGAGCAUCCGCACUCCCGCUGUCCUCCCUCCAUCCUCCCUCUUCCUCCUCUCUGCAGUCUUUCCUCCUCCUGAGAGGAGAGGGCCCUCUCGGUCAUUCACUCCAGGCAGGAGGGAUAUCAAUCACUGAGACGGAUCCAGUUCUCCCUCCACUGCGCUGUCUUCUCCUCUCCUCUCUCGUGUCCCUGUGGCGACUCACACCCAGCCUUACAGACAUAACCUCCACUCCCCCCCCCCACGCCCUCUUCUUCUGCUUCCCUUCCUUCCUCCUUUUCGCUCUCUUCCCUCUGCCUCCCGUGUCUGGCCAGAAACUGUGCUGCCAAGAAGGGACUGAGUCAAGCAGUGCCUCCCUGUUUUCUGACACACCCACACAAACACACACACACGCACGCGCUCAUUGGGAUUAGAAGUGAUCAUCUUUCGUUUUAAUGGACAGAAUCUGCAUUUGUAGCGAGCAGAUCCCACGUGGGAGGAGCCAGACUCUUAACGGGCCUAUCAGGGACGGCCCGUUACCGGGAUCGCUGCUUUCUGAUUGGUUGGGUCGGGCGUAUUUUUCUCCCUCCAUUCUUGUGAGUGUCUGCUGGGUCACUAUGCAGAAACAGACUCUCUGGGAGCUACUCACACACACACACACACACAAACACACACUGACUACACACUUCCACUUUACACACAGCAAUCAGCAUCAUGCAAACACACACACACCAUGCCGCACCCUCUCUUAACAUGCAUACACACAGUAAAUUUGCCAAACGUCUCUCCUCGCAGACAGACUCAUGUGGAGGCCAGAGGACCAGACAUGCUGAGGAAUGGACCCUGAGAUGGGAUGUGUUGCAAGUUAAACAGAUUCUGUGAUUGAACUGUUCAUUCUCUAUAGCUUUUGUACUAUACUGAUUUAAAACAAACAAAAAAAGAACAAAUUGAAAAAUGGAAUUUUUAUUUUAUAAGUCAAUCAAGCCGCUGGGGUCAGCUCUAUAGGAGUUAUAGAGUCAACAUGGCUUUAAGGCAUCUGAUCGUUGGUUUGCCAAACUCAUUUUGUAAAUAAUGAUAACAACUACAACCAUUUCGUCCACUGGACUUCUGUGCCAUAAAAUAGGAAGGCUUCAGUUAUGCAAACUCUUGACGUUAACCCAAGCAAUACCAACAUAUGUUUUCUUUUUUUGUCUGUUUUCCUCUUCUUCCCUCAGAUAUUUCGUUCUUGUGCAUGAAUGUUGUGCGUCUUUGUCCAAGCCUCACUUACUAACCCUGCUUCCAGCUCUAAAAACCUCGCACUCCUUUGUCGACUUGAGUCCCUACAGUUUACGUUGCCCAAAAUGUAUGCACCACCGGCCCUGUGCUUCUGUACAACAAAACUAUCGUUUUUAUGUUGCGGGCAGCACACACAGGCCUCCUCCAUCCCAUUUCCCCCAGACUAGUCUUUUAAAAAUAACAGCAAUGCUCUGCCCAUCUGUCUGUCUGUUGGUCAGGUGCCAAAACUGCUGCUGUCCGAGUGUGGACUGCCGCAUCCUCUGCUACAACUACAUCAACUGUGAUGCCAAUGACUCCCUAUUUUAUGGCCAGAGUCCCCCAUGUCACACGAGAACUCUUUUUGGACUAUGAUGUUGAUUAACUUAAAAACUUUGACAACUAGAAGAUGAGCGAAGAAUUAAAAAGGGAAACGUUGCUGUUUGAGUACAUAACAUUUCUAGACCUAUUUUAACUUUACCUCAGCUAACAGUUUCUUAAUGUAAAUUGCCACAUUAUUUUUAUCUUUAUGAAUAUGACAUUCUACAGUGGGUUUUUAGAUGAUUUUUUGGUUCUAUCUUGAUUUACGUAUUCCACCAUGUAUUACUGUUACAAAUAAACACAUCCCAAAUGAC